AUGACGGAAACUACUGAUAUUGUAAACAUGGAUGAUAGAUUGACCGAGGAAGUUACUCUGUUGUCCACGAAGCUAGUUACCGCUGUUGCGAAACAACUGGAAUUGGAAGAGAAAUUAUUACACAUGCAUAGAGAUAAUGGCCAGUUAAAACAGAAAUUGAGUAAGUUAGGUGAUAUUGAAACCAAAUACAAUGAAGUGGUCCCAAAAUAUGAAGAGAUUAAGAAGGACCAUGAAAAAAUGAAGGAGUUAAAACUUACGGCGGAAGCGCAAAACACUAAAUUGCUGGCAGAAGUCGAAGAUUUAACAGCGUCGUUAUUCAAUGAAGCCAACGAAAUGGUUAGUAACGCAUCGAGAGAGGCAUAUAACUUCAAAGUGAAGAACCGUAAAUUGAACGAAGAGAUUGAGGAGAAGAACACUAUUAUAGAUAAUUUGCAAGACCAAUUGAAAGACUUGAAGCAAUUGUUUUUCAGAAUCGAGGAACAACACAAGCUUACAUUUUCAGGAAACGGUACUCCUAAGCUAGAGCAAUCAAAGAAUUUGGAUGAUCAAUACAAGAAUGACACAGGGGAAGAUGCAGAUAAUGACCUCCAGAGGUAUACGAAGCAAUUAGAAACUAUUAUUUAUUCACCGAAUGUGGGCGCGGUGAGAUUUGAUUUAUCACAGUAUCAACAAGACUUCAAGAUAUUCAUAUACACUAUAAUCAAGCCAGAAUUCCAUAUGGACUUGACGACUUUAAAAAAUUUGAAGUUCUUUAGAACUGUGUGGAGUGAAGAAUUGGAAAAUAGCUUUCCUAUUAUUCCAAACUUGGCCAAUUCGAAUUUUAUAAAUAGAUGGCAGAAGGGAAAGAACUUCUGGAACCUUAUUGUGGAAGGCAAAGCAGUUAUUGAACCAAUAAGCGGUGUUAAUGAAACCUUUAAAUUGGCCUAUAAAGGAGAUAAGCUUAGCAAAGAUGUACCUGUUGCCAUUAAGGAUCCUUGUAGUUUUUGCGGCCAAUCAAAAGAUGAUAUUUUGGAACACUCAAGACUAUAUUCGUUGAAAUUGUUGAAUCCAGAUUCGUCAAGUGUUACUGCUGAAACUCAGGAGGUAAUCGUGAGUUAUCCGUUAUGUAACUAUUGUCUUAUAAAGUUGAGAACUAUUUGCGACUUCUUUGCGAAAAUAAGGCUCAUUAGCAAAAAUGUAUACAAAUUGAAGCAAAGUAAUCAGUUUGAAGAGCCAACCACCCCUAAUUUCCAGUUCAAGAGAUCGUUUAAUAGUUCGAGUGAUUUGGAAGUCAAUAGCUCUCCUAAGAAAAAACAAGUUCUCACGAAAGAAGAAGAGGAAAUUGAAGAAUGCAAGGUUAUGAAAUUAUACUGUAUGUUAAAUUUAAUUAGAAGCAAGAUAUUCUGGAGUAAACUAGGGUUCUGGGACAACGUGGAAAAUGUGCAUGAGAUAAACGUUGAAGACUUGCAUCAUGAGGUUUUUAGGUCCCUCAUAAGACACCCUGCCCAGGAAAAUGACUACUCUGAUAGCCAACCUGGUACCCCGACGCCUAUGACGCAACCAGAUUCUACAACUACCACCACUAGUGUGCCCGAACUGGGAGUGAAUGAUACUACAAAGAACACUAAUGACGGCUCAAGUAACGCUGAAGAUAAUGAUAAACCUAAAUCUACAAAAGCCACCCCAUUUAAACCAACGAACCCCCACGAUCUGUUUGCACAGAAAGAUGAAGCAAACUCUUCUAAAAAAGAAUUGGAUCCUCCGUCAGAUAAAGACAAUGACGAGUUUGCUGAUACUUCCGAGAGUUUCCAGGACUCUGAAGACCAAGUAAUAGAGAACGACUCCGCUGACAACAAGGCUCAGCUUGGCCGUAAGAAUUCUAGAUCAAAACAAUUUAAGCAGAAAAUAGAUAGUGAUCUAGAUCAGACAUUGCAGAUGCUUCAAGAAAGUAUAAAUGAUGAAUAG